AUGUCGUACACUGGGGAAACAGCAUACAUCACGGGUGGUGCAAGUGGCAUCGGCCGCUUCGUCGCCACGGCGCUCGCCAAGAAAGGCAUGAAGAUCUUUAUUGCGGAUCGCAACCUGGAAGGUGCCUUGGAGACGGUCAAGGCACUCAACAAGGACUGCCACACCGCGUGGGCAGUGAAGAUUGACGUUGAGGACUGGGAGUCCCAGCGUGGUGGCUUCGAGGCGGCUGUCAAGGAGCUCGGCCGAAUCGACUAUGUUUUUGCUGUGGCCGGAAUUUUCGAGCAGUCUUGGCUGCCUAACAGAGUCGGAGCCACGACAUUCGAGAAGCCCAAUCUUACUACAAUCGACGUAAACGGAACUGGUGUGAUGUACACCUCGGCGCUGGCGAUUCAGCAAUUUCGCCGUCAGGCGCCAAGCAAGUAUGGGUUCCGUGGAAAGAUUAUCAUUGUGUCCUCCGGUGCGAGUUUCUAUAGCAUUCCAGCCAUGCCUAUAUACUGUGCCUCAAAGAACGCCGUUGUUGGGUUCGUGCGCACAAUGGGAAAGCUUGUGGCCGAGGAGCAGAUGACUCUGAACGCCAUCUGCCCCGGAAUUGUAAGAACGGCUAUUUCCGGGGGCAGCUUUUAUGAAAUUGCUGAAGAGAAGGGUGUCCUUGUGUCUCCGGAGACCAUAGUGUCGUCUUUUGAGUCCCUCCUCGGCACGAACCCAGCAUCUGGUGACGCUAUCGAGGUGAUGCCGGGACAAUUCCUAGUCAAGCCUGGUGCUGAAUUCACCAACGAGAAAUGCGAGGAGAGCGUGGUCCUGACCUACAAGAGGACAUUGGAAGCCAGAGCAAAGGCAUCUUAG